CUAAGCACUCCGAACAGUUUAAAAUGACUAUGUUUUAGUCUUAUUCAACAAAUUUCACAAAAAAAAAACAAAUGAGAGCAAGUGGAAAAGGAGCGGAAGCCACGGAAAUGGAGAUGAGAGCAGUGGAAGACGUAGCCAUAGGUCAAGACCUCACUCCUCCGAUACCGCCCAUCGCCGCCGCCCUCCACGAUUCCCGCCGGUCCUCUCACUGCUCCGCCUGCUUCUCCCUCCUCCCUCCCGCCCCAACCUUCUCCCCUACCACUCACCAUGUCCCUGCCUCCUUCCUUCGCUACUGCUCCCCUCGCUGCUCCUCUCUCGACUCUCCCAUCCACUUCUCUUCCGCCGAAUUCCACCUCCUCCGCCACUCCUCUGCGAUCCCCGACACCUCCGACCUCUGCCUCUCCCUCCGUCUCCUCAGCCGAUUUCAUAUUCUUGGACUAGUUUCAGAAAACGACGGCAUUUUGGACAGGAUCGGAGGUUUGAUGACCAAUCGCGCGGAAUUGUUGAUGAUGCCGGAGAGUCGUGAGGAUUCGGUCGCCCACGAGGUGUUUGAGAAAAUCAAAGAAGGCGCCAGAGCUAUGGCAGCUGCAAGGAGGAUGCUACUAAAUUCGGAGUUGCCUUUUGCUGGAGCCUGCGAUUUAGAGGAGGCUGUGCUUUGCUUGGUGCUAACUAACGCCGUGGAGGUGCAGGACAGUGCAGGGUGCAGCGUUGGAGUGGCUGUUUAUGGUCAGAGCUUCUCUUGGAUCAACCAUGGCUGCUCUCCCAAUUGUUCUUACAGGUUUUCAACAAUUCCUGGCACCAUCUCCGCCAUGCCUUGGCUUAUGCAUCCAAGGAAGUGAGGAAGAAUGUGGCCCGAGAUUGAUUGUUCGCAGCAUAAAGCAUAUCAAGAAAGGAGAAGAGGUGCUUAUAACCUACACAGACUUGUUACAGCCUAAGGUAGUAAGGGGAUGAGACAAUCUGAGCUGUGGUUGAAGUACCGAUUCCGUUGCUGUUGUGAUAGAUGUAAUGCUGAGGCGUAUGUGGAUCAUGUUUUGGAGGUGAUGAAAUUAGCACAAUCAUUUUCUACUCUCAGUUUGAAAUCAUUUGGUAAGAUUUGGAAUGGU